AUGGAGAAUCAGAAGUCAGCCUGGCAGGGCAAGGACAGUCAGAGGUUGCAGAGGUUGAAACGCUCCCUGUCCUUCAAAUCUGUCAUGCGCAGCAAGAGUGUAGACAACUUUUUCCAGCGUAGUAAUGGUGAAUCUCGCCCUCCAUCCGCCCUCAUCACCACACCUCCACCCCUGCAAUCUCCUCCCCCUUUCUCUGAGUCCUCCCUGGUCUAUGAGCGCUCUCCCUCCCAUUCUCCGUCUAUCAGUCCCAACCCCUCACUGUCAUCACGCUCACCUUCGGUCAGUCCUUCGCUCUCCGUGGCCUCCAAAAACCAGCUAAAGUCUCAGGCCCAGCCGGUCAAGACUCACUGUUUCCAGGAGCACAUCUUCCGUAGGCCUACCAGCUGCCAGCGAUGCAAACACAUGAUCCAAGGGAACUCCAAGCAGGGGCUGCGUUGUAAAGCCUGUAAGCUGGCAGCCCACCUCUGGUGCUCAUCGGAGCUCUCCCAGCAGCCCUGCAAUGGCAAGAGAGAUGACACCCAGGGAUAUGUGGUCAUCUGGUAUUAA